UCCCCCCAGCCCCUCUCCCGCCCUCUAUUCACCGCUGAGCCUCAGCUGGAUUUGACCACGCAUUGCAAUGCCAGUUGCUACCACAAGGGGGAGAGUGAAAAUGUCCCAGUCCUGAGCGAGCGGUUAGCUUUUGAGACACUGUACUCAGAUGGCUCCCGCACCCUGACCACUGUGGAUUUCGAGGAUGAGGGUGAGAAGGACAGCAAGCAUAAUCCUUUAAUUCGGCCUUCACCCAGGAUAGAACGCUCAGAGAGACACGACAGACAAAAACGCCAGAUCUACGGAGAGGAUGGGCGCUUCAGCAUCCGCGGUGACCAUUUCCUGCUUGACUACCCUUUCUCCACCACAGUCCGUAUAUCCACAGGCUGCACGGGGGUCCUGGUGUCGGCACAUCAUGUCCUUACAGCCGCCCACUGUGUUCACAACGGGAAGGACUACGUCAAAGGUGCUAGAAAGCUGAAGGUGGGCUUUAUAAGCCCGCCCACUAUGGAUGCCCCGCCCACUGUGGACACCCCGCCCACUAUGAAUGGCACCAAUCCUGGUCAGUUUACCCCUACAACACCCGUUGUUCAUUGGGUGCGUGUGCGACGCACACGUGUCCCCAAAGGCUGGAUCCAGGGUCUCCGGGAAAUAAGCAUGGAUUUUGACUACGCCCUGCUUGAGCUGCGAUGGCCUCAUCAGCGCCCUUUCAUGCGUCUCUCAGCGGCCCCCUCGCUGGAGGACUUGGCUGGGAGACGGAUCCACUUCUCUGGCUUUGACAGUGACCGACCUGGGGAGCUGGUGUAUCGCUUCUGCCCAGUGGAGGAUGAGUCUAGUGACUUGAUCUACCAACACUGCGACGCCCAGCCUGGGGCCAGCGGCUCAGGGGUGUGCAGCCACGUCUGGGACUCCGCCCUGGAAAGGUGGGAGCGCAGGGUGAUCGGCGUCUUCUCCGGGCACCAGUGGCUGGAGGUGGAUGGGGAGAAUCGUGACUUUAACGUGGCGGUGAGGUUCACGCCGCUGAAAAUCGCCCAGAUCUGUUAUUGGCUGCACAGGAGCCAUGAAGAGUGCAGCCAAGACCUGGAUUAGCGGGGGGAAGUCUGUG